AUGCAGAGUGAACCGAGUUUCUGGGCACAACAGGGGCGCGGAUUCCGCCGGUGAGUAUCUCUUUCCAUUCAUCGACAUGUCUCCGGGCCCUCUCCUUCUUCUUGCAAUAUUUUUCUUGACGCGUAUCGAUCUAUCUUUCUAUCCCCUUGGCCGACCUUUUUUUCUUCUUGCAUUUGCCCUCCUCCCGUCCGAGCGGGCCUCUCGUUCCUCUCUCUAUCUGUCUAUUUCUCUUCCCAUAGAAGAACAGAGGGGUCGUCUCCUAGAAAGACCUCUCCUCCUCGCUUCUUCCGUCGGACCCUAGGUCCUCGGGGCUCACGGUAGCCCUUUUCCGCUUCGUCGGGCGAGACGAAAAGAAGCUGUUUGAGAAACAGAGGAUUUUCCCAUUAGACAGAAAGAAGGGACAGCCGAAUUGUGCCUCGCUCUUCUUACCCUCUGGGCUUCUUGAAAUUCAAUUCGAGCUUAGGAAGAAUGGGAACAUUCUUGCGGUGGUGUGCAGCACUUUCAGGGUUUGAGUCGCCCAAGUUGCUGCUUUGAUUCUGUGUUCCCUCUUUGAUCGACGGGGAAGAUUGGAUUUUUUUCAAAAAACUACCCGUCGUCAGGAAGGAGGAAUGCGGUCCAGACACCAUCCUUGUUCACAGAUGGGAGGGUCUGAAAAUCAGGCGACAGAUGGGAUGAUCGUAAAUAGGGUCAUGCACUUUUCUUUUCUGUCCUCACACCUUUCAGCUGUCGAUUCGAUUCAGUGCUCUCCGUUUUCUUCUCUCCAUUUUCUAGCCUGCAUUGAAAUGCCGCUAAGCGCUCUCCGUUUUCUUCUCUCUGCGCAGUGGUGCUCCGGGAAUGGAAUCGUCUUGGGGUUGGAUGCAUUCACGGAUGGAGGAGAGCACGCUAAUCGAUGUAAGAUCUCUCACACCGACAUACUCUGAUCCUCUUGCUGCUUCUGGAUCACAUAGACUGGCGGAGGGGAUCUCACCGGGUUUCUGUGUUUCUUGUCUAAAACAGGACGUGCUGAUUCUAAACGAAUCGCCUCUCCUCGGAGGUCGUCGUCAAAGCACAAUGAACGGUCGUUUUAUGCGGAGUCCUCGCCAGGUAAAACGACCUUGCCCGCCGGAUAUGUCUGAGAGAGAGGGUGCAAUAUUCAAUCAUUUGCUUCCCUUCCGAGCGCUUCAGUCUGAACUGACUCGCCCUGUUUCUCUUGACAGCAGCGCGAAAGAAGCUCGUUGAAUCCCGCGCGAUGGAGAGGGAACAUGUUGGUGGAUGUAAGUUUUUUGAUGACCUGAGCUGCUGUGUUCCUCCCAGCUCUGACCAGGAGCCGUGCAAGAAGCAGCCUCGCCUCCAAAAUAUGCUGACUUUGGUUCCCUUAUUGACUCUGUAUUCCCGUCUGCUCUAGGAGGUCGUUAUACUGGACGAUAGAUCGGCAGCGCCUCGUGGAGCGGCGGACUUGAUCCGGUGGCGCAGCCAUCUUCUACCAGGCAUGGGGCCGUCGGAAGGAGAGCAGCAGACCGCAGUGUUGAGCUCCGGGCUGAACGAGGAGAUGGCCCUGUUGCUCUUGAGAACGAGAAGAUAUGUACCGUCCUCCACCGCCUACGCCAGCGAUGAAACGUGCUGCAUAUGCCAGGUAAGUUAAGGGAGAAGACAGACGCUUGGUGGCGCCGGUAACCAGCCCAGCAGCUUCUCUGAUGGCUCGAUUUAUGUCUUUGUGUCUGACAGGAGGAUUACGACGAGGGUGAAGAUGUCGGGAUGCUGAGCUGCGGACACGGCUUCCAUGCUGCCUGCGUUGGGAGAUGGCUGACGCAGAGGAAUGUCUGCCCGAUCUGCAGGAGGACGGGCCUCCAGCCCGCUGUGUAAAGACCCCCAUCUCCUUCACCUCAUAUGAACCACUUGUAAUUAUCUUCCAUGUAUUUGGGCGUUUCACGAUGUAAGUCACCAUGUCUAAUUAAUACACCUAAUAAUUGGCUUAUUUACUCUGCGCAGUUUUCACAUUAUUGACCCAAAUGUCUCAGUAAUGCGGUAAGCCUUGGAAUAGGAGGGUUUGAGGAUUUAAGAUGAAGCCAAGACGUGAAGUCAACCUUGAGGGCUCAAGAAGUGCACCAUUGGAAGUUUUGUUAAGCGGCCUAACCACCAACUUUCAGCAGUGUGUUAAGGACAUUUACCAUGUUUUAUGCUAUCAAGACAUCACGCCAACGGUGAUUGGGAUGUUAGCUUAUUAGGGGCAGUAUAGGAAUCUGCUGUGACCAGCUCUUCCCUAUAAAUAGGAGGGUCCCACUGCCAUGUUAGUGAGAGUUUAAGUGGGGAAUACGGUGUUCUUUCUGCCUAUUAUUAUUUUUCCUAGAAAUAGUGUUUUCUAAUUGUAGUUAGGCUUGCAAAAGUCUUUGGUGAGGGAGAAGGCCGCUUGGGAGAUGAGUAGGCAUUAAAUGCGCUCGGGAGAUGCAGUUAUCUACUUUGCACAUCACUCACAUUAUUGGCCCGAAUGGUCAAAAAUUUUAAAGCCUAGAGUAGAAGAGUAUGAAGACCCAAGAUGCAUCCAAGACCUAGAGGGCUCUAAAAGCAUAGAACAGGAUUAUUAUAACUACUAAAGAUUCUUUUUUCAGUUUGACUGUAAUAUAUAAUUUCUACUUAUUUAAAUCAUAGAGCAUGCUAUAACAACAUUGUUUUCUAAUCAUAGUAGAAUUUAUGUUCUCUAAAUUUGUGAAUUCAAGAUUUUCCCAAAUCAACCUUUUUGGACCAAUGAAUCUUAGAUCUUGUCCACUGUGGAUUUGAAUAUUCUAUUUUCACUCUUCCUUAUCUUUUUCCUGGUACAAAGUUCAAUGUUCUAGAUUUAUCAGUUUGAAUAUUAUUUGAUUUUUGGUCAUUCUUAGACAAAGAAGGUAAGGUUUGAUUUGAUCAACAGUUAAUCUUUGACUUUGGCAAUUAUUUCUACGAUAUUUGAUAUUAUCCUUCAAAUAAUAAAUCUUAUAAUCUUCCUAGAUCAGAAGGUAAUUGACAAUGACGUUGCAAUAUUUUGGUCCCUUGCUUACAUUUACUUUAAAACAAUGAUCUUGUUCUUUGGUUCCACUAGUUUGACUGUCCACUAGUCACAAUUUUACGAUUAAUAUAAUUAAUUCCCAGAAAAUCAAUUAUCUUUUAGAUUCAUUGCUCUUGGUGGUUAUAAGUUAAAUGUCGUGGAGUGAUUAAAAAAAUAUUUAAUCACAAAUCUACCCACAUAAAAAUGAUGAAAUAUUUCAUUUUGAGUUGAUUUUAAAAGAAUGGGUUGAUUUGGAGUGCUUGAAUUUCAAUGAAAAUGGUGAUAGUGGAGACAUUAUGAUCUUCUUUUCCUAGGAUGUUUGCUUAGUGUCAAAGGCAUUGCCAUGUGUUGCUUGGAAUUAGCUCAUCAACUCAAUGUCUUCUUUCCAUUUGACCACCAAAAACCUCUCAAAUUCUCAAAUAAUUCUUUUUUAUAAGGAACCAAUGAACCUCUUAAAAAUGUAAAGAGGUUAGAGGCAAACAUUUAAACCUAACUUGUGGACUGAUGUUGAAUUUAUAGAGUAAUCUCAUUCAAAACCUCCAAUAAUUUUUUUUGUCUUAAAACAUUUAAAAUUUAAAUUUUCUUAAAAAUUCAAAUGGUUUUAAACUAACACAACAUAACCUUUGAGAGUUUAGAUAUCCUCUAUGAGCACAAACUAUAUAUUUGAAGUUUAUUGAUUUGACUAAGUCAUGUAAGGAUCUGUUACUAUCAAAAUAAAAUUGAUAAUAUAUCUCAAGGUCACGUAUUAAUUUUUGAAUCAAAACUUGUCAAAAUUACCUCAAGCAAAUCAUGCAAAAAAUAAUAUGUACGACAAAUUAUACUAGCAAACACACUGAAUCUUUAUCUUAAUAUGUUAAAUAAAAAUUUAAGCAGUAAAAAGCAUUUAAAAUUAUUUUCCAAAUUAUAUUUAUUAAUAUUCAUAAAGUCUUCAGCAACCAUAUUAAUAGUUCAUAUUCAAUCAAAUAAUUUGAGAUUAAAAAUAUUAAAGCUAAGGAUUUAUUAACAUGGUAUCUAGUUUCUUGAGUUAACUUUCAUACCCAUAUUUGACCUCAUUAAUUUUUCUUUAUUUUGUAAGGCUAAUUAUUACUUUUAAGUAAUAAUUUUUUACAUAUUGGUAAUUUAAUUUGGUGAAAUUCAUCAAGUUCUAGAAUUCAAUAUUAUGGGAUUCCAAUUUCAAUAUUUUUUAUUUUUCAUAUGAGAUUUUUCUUAAUAUACAUUUAAUUCAUUUCAUGUUGGAUAAUAGAAUCUAUAUGUAGAUCAAUUUCAUGAUUAGUAAGCAUAAUUCAAUCUUUUAAUUCAUCUUAUACUUGUCACGAAUCAGUGCAGUAGUGAGAGCUUUUUCUCUUUGCUUACAGCCUUGGCCCCUUGGGUUAAAAAGGUCAUAUAAUAGUCUUAACAAUGUUAGAUCCCAUUUUUGUAUUUUGAAUCUACAAAAUUCAUGUUGACCUUAUAAAGUCAAUAUCAAUUUAGUACCUUGAUAAUUUCGUUGAACUUUGCUGCAUUUGACUCCUCAAUGGCUGUAUUAGUAAAUAAUUUCAUAUAGAAAAUCCAAACAUUAGCGCUCACACAUAGGAUACUGAAAAAGUUAACUCUUAUUUCGACUUCUGAUUGUUUUUUUGAUUUUGAAUAUUUCUUUCCCUGACAUGAAUUGAAAUGAUACAAAAACAUUCUAUGGUCAAGAUCGUCAAAUGAACUUUCCUCAUUGAGUGGAGAUACGAAAAUGCCCUUCAAGAUAUGUGUUCCUUAUUGAGGCUGUUUAAUCUUGUACAGAACAUCACUUUUGAAUCAAUUUCAUGUUCCAUUUCCAGUUUUAUAACUUUAGGUUGAGUGAUUUUAUGUAAUGCUUACAUCCAUAAUUCAUCAAAACCUUAUUGAGUCAAUUCACAAUUCAAUAAGCACACUGGUAAAUAAUAAAGCUACUUUAUAUAGAGGACUGAAAGAUUAUAUAGAAAUGAGAGAUCUUGUAGUGAUUCGUGUUAGUAAUAGAAUACUGAUUUAAUUUAUCGUCAGUUCUCAUGCAUACAUUCAGAUGCCAUUUGUAGGCGCAUAGAGGCAAAACUAAUUGUGAAAGAAAUACAUCAUAGAUUAGGGCAAAGCAAAGUGAAUAAUAAUUCUCCAGUAGGUAAUUAUUCAGAAUGAAUGAGUAUUUAUUUAUGCGUCAGCUGUCUGGAUUAUUUUUAAGUUCAUUGAUUGGUGCAAACUUUUUUUUCUAUCGCAAGAAAACAAUUCUGAUGUUCUGUGUUUGUUAUCACCUGAUAUAGCAAGAUUCACUAAUUGACAUCACCAGGACCCGUUCAUAAACCAGUGUACAGUGUUGGUUGAAUGUUCUUGAUAUAAUAUUAAUUUUUAUAUUUUUAUUAAAUAUCUAAGCACAGAAACUGAUUCAUCAUUCCUUUUAUGCAAAAAAGUUCAAAGCAUUUUCGGAACCGUGUUGUUUAAAACGUUCCAAGCAUCAGGCAAAUAAUGGUGCUGUUAACAUGUGAGCCUAUCUUGCGGAAUUUACAAAACUACUUGUGCAUAUUUCCUGUUACCUCCUUAGGGUUUCUGGGAUUAUCUACCUGAAAUAGGUCACGUUUGGUUGCGUGAUGUAGUUGCUUUAUGUUGGCAAUCAGGUUAGGUAUAGUAUGGCAUUAACAUAAAAAAUGAUGAUCAUGUACCAAUUGACACAAAUAGAACCAUGGCAAUAUAGACGUCAUAUGAUGGUAGAAAUGAUUGUCCACCUUGAAACUUCAUGUAACCAUUUGAUUUAUAAGAGCGCUGAAAAAUUAGAAUCAAUGAGAGUGCAAAUUGAAAUUCCGAUCAAAAUUGGAGAACCUGAUUUCUAUGGAGUAAAAUUUUCUUGCUUUUCUAAUCUCAAUCCUUUUUCAAUAAAAAUAUCAAUUACGUGUUCUAAAUAGUGGUUGACAUAAAAGAAAUUACCGUACUAUGUACAAUUUUCAGUGGUUCGAUAAUUUCCAUUGUCCUAGCUAGAAAAUAUUUUUGGAACAGAGCAGCACUAACUUAGGAUAAUUAAAAGUUAGCUGGUGUAAAAUUGAACAUAUGCCAAUAGAUAAACUUGUCCAUGGAUUUGAUAAUCACGCUCAACAUGUCACUUUUAUCAACUCAAUUGCAGGAGUAACGAUACAUGCGUUUUUACUGUGUAGGACACAUAUCAUCGUUGUAUUUAUUACGCUGUAAUGCCCAGUCUGAUUUGAAGUCAUAUUUUAUGGAAAGUAUCAAGAAAACACGCAGGCUAUAACUUGCUAUUUUGGUUUAUCUUCUAUCCAUGUUAUAUCCCGUAAAAUGCAGACGCACAAUACUCUCCUUCGUGAUCACCAAGAAAAUAACGCAGAACAAUGUUACUACUUGACGUACUGGAUUAUUUUCACGUGAGAUUGGUGAAAUUAUUUUCACUACCCAUUUUUGUCUGAUCCCAGUAUCUGUUUCGAUCCUUCCAUCAAGGAAAAUAAUAGUGACAAGGGACCGCCAGACGGGUUACAUAAACUGCGGAUAUCUGAUAAUUGAAGAUACGCAGUGAUUGUUACACAUUUGACCAGACACUAAACACAAUGUGAGAAAGACAGAUCGAGAUGACAGAUUUAUUACAUAAAAAACCGCAGAUGGGUUUUACGCUGAGGUCAACACGGAGGUCGGUAACGUAGAUGAUUGAUUUGACAAGUAGCUAAAUUAUAGCAGGAAGAAAGAGCAGACGCAAAUAUUAUGUUUAUUAUUUUGAGCCCUGUGAUAUCGUAAUUAUUUCUUAUCGAGGAAAAUGCAGCGCAAGUUGUCUUUAAUACAAACAAGUUUCGUUGGUUCUCAGGUCAACCUUCUUCCGCGUUGUGGUUGGUAUGCAACAGUUAUCUUGACCCAUCCCGUCUUCACUCUCCUCAGAGAUAUGCCCAUAGUGGUCAGUUUGACGGAAUCCCGUGACGGAGUUUAUCCCCACCAACUUCGGGAGAACGCGGCUUUAAAGAAUUUUCUUCUGCCUCAGGACUGCGAUUCCUUAAAGAAGAGAUAACUCAUCUUCUCGUUCACAGCCAGUUUGGGUAUCAUCCUCUUACAAUAAUGCCGACAACGAACGUUUUGCUCCGGAAAGGUAGAUGAACGGGCCCCGGUCUUGUCCAGAAAGUACAACAUCAGAAGUUACAGCUGCAUUUACCAUCACAAUUAAAGUUUCGUAAUUGUCAGGAUUAUUGAAUUUUAUGUUCUCAGGAGUAAACUUCUUUCUUAAUUGACGUCCAGAAUCAUCUCUCAACUAAUCAGGGAGAAUCAAAAAACCAACGCAGGGAAAGAGUUGAACUAAUUACACCUACCCGAUAAUAACGAAGCAGAAUUAACGGAGCAAAAAAAUUACAGAAACGAGUCUUGCUUACACUAAUGAAAAAUGGACAUACUCUCUUCAUUUUUACAAAAUCAUAAAAUUUAUUAGAAAUAUUUCAUAAAUUAAGUAUAGUAUUUAUUGGGCGUUCCUUUAUCUGUAAGUAGAAGAUCCCGUUGUUUCAACUUAUGCCUAAAUAUUUCCCUCAGACAUGCUGUACUGGCUGCGAAGGCAGACCACAGACAUUUAUAUGAUCGCUCGUUCAUGCGCAAGGCAGACCUCAGACAUGCUGUACUGGCUGCGAAGACAAUUGCUGAUUUUACAAGCAAGAGAAUAAUUUCCUUCGGGAUUCUCCAACCUGCAGCGGUUUUAUGAUUGCUAUUAGAAUAUAACUAUACAUAUCAGAGAGAGAAUUUCUUGAAAACUGUUAUGUCCCUUUUGCUUUGUUGUGAAGAUAGGGGUGAGGAUUCACACUUAUCAGGACGGUAUGAACUCUCACAGUUUAAUCAGUGUUUCCUUUGUCCCAUGUCAACCUUUCCAAAUUUCAAAUCUUCGUCUUUAUGAACCAAGUGAAUGGACCCAUUCUCAUUUGGCAUCAUUUUCCGGUUUCAACCUUUCGUUUUCUUUCUCUCGAAGAGUUACCCAUUCCUGUUGACGAACAUCCAUUGACUAUUGUAUUUCCUCAUUAAACUACAUGCAUUUCACUAUUAUCCUAAGUCAGGGUUCCAAAAAAUUGAGUGCGAAGAUGGUUUUCAACCAGUUGUGGAUGCUAUAUAUAUUGGACGAAGUGCAGAGGGUUUUAUUCAUCUUUUGAGAGCGAUUUAAGAGGAAGAGGGAGAACAUAUCACGAGGCAGAUGAUCCAUGCAAUUUUUCUCUCCAUUCUGUUACUGUUGCCUACGACUGCCUACGCAGCCCAGACUCUAACGAGAAUGAAGACACCGUACCAGGGCUCUGCGUUACCAUUGGGACGUUCACUAUUACAAGGUAA